AAUUCCAUCGCUGCUCUCUGUUUGUUUUUGUUGAUUUUUCUGUGCCAGUGCGGUUUGCUAACUUUGCGAAAACAUUUUCGCAAUUUAUUCCAAGUUUUCCUCAGAAAAUAAUCUCGAAAACUCCCGCCCACCACGGCAACAAUGACCGGCCAACCAGAGGAUCGACCCGCACCGGAAAUCUCCCAAUUUGUUCACGAUAUUCGGCUGAGCAAAGUCGUCGGUUCCCACAAGCUCACGUCCCGGACGUUGUCACUGCUGAAGAACCUCAUCACCAAAUCGGAAUGGACCACUGCAGAGCAUCUCAUGACGCUGAUUCGCAAACAGGGACACUUUCUGGUAUCGGCCCUACCGCAGGACAUUGUGAUUGCCAACACGGUGCGUCGAAUUCUGAAGAUCGUCCGGGAAGAGUACGAUUCGGCCCAGCUGAGGAUUCACUUUGACGAUGCCCAGACUUCGCUUUCGUUGCACAAGCUGGUCACGCAAACCAGCGAACAGAGACGGGGCGACUAUUCGAAGCCCCAGGAGGGACUGCGGGACGCCCUGCUGGAGCAUCUGAGCGAGAUCGAGACUGAGCUGGAAACGUGUUCGGAGAACCUUUCCUCGCAGGCAACGGAACACAUUCACUCGUCGGAACUGAUUAUGACCAUUGGCCACUCGAAGUCGGUGGAGAAGUUCCUGCGGAAGGCAGCGGAGAACCGAACGAUCGAAGUGAUUGUGGCCGAGUGUGCCCCAGCAUGCAAGGGGCACCAGCUGGCGGUCAAUUUGGGGAAGGCUAAAAUCCAAACAACAGUAAUUCCGGACUCAGCUAUCUUCGCAAUGAUGUCCAGAGUGAAUAAGGUCAUCAUAGGGACACACAGCGUACUGGCCAAUGGUGGACUGCGAGCGAUAUGCGGGGCCCACUCGUUGGCCCUGGCCGCCAAGCAUUUCUCCGUUCCGGUUAUUGUGUUGGCCCCCACCUACAAAUUGACGCCAGUUCAUCUGUCCAACUACGAUCAGGACGAUUUCAACAUAUUGGGCAACGCAGAGGCGGUCAUUCCGUACAGCUCGCCGGCAGCUCGGUUUGCCAAGGCGUACAAUCCGGCUUUCGAUUACGUGCCCCCGGAACUGGUGACGCUGUUUGUGACCAAUACUGGAGGUAAUGCCCCCUCAUACGUCUAUCGAUUGCUGAGUGAACUUUAUCACCCGGACGACAACGAGCUUUAGGAUAUCUAAACAUAGACAAAGGAAGGACGACGUCAACAGGUAAAUUGCGAUAACAAAAGAUAGGAAACGACGCAACAAAAUAUCAGCAGCGAAAGUUUAUUCGAAACACCUUAUCUACUCUAGGUCUCUGUUAAAACAAUAAAUUGCAUAAGUCGUCUA